GGGAUUAAAAACAGUACCCUUCUACGAAAUUCUUUUACUCUUUUUUCUAUUUCAAAACAACUAAACUACAAUCAUGGCUUUAAAGCGCAUUAACAAGGAACUCAAAGAUCUCGAGCGCGACCCUCCAUCUUCCUGCUCCGCAGGCCCAAUUGGCGAUGACUUAUUCCACUGGCAAGCAACUAUCAUGGGUCCUGAAGAUAGUCCUUACCAAGGGGGUGUCUUUUUCUUGUCAAUUCAUUUCCCUACUGACUAUCCUUUCAAGCCUCCAAAGAUCAACUUUACUACUAAAAUUUAUCACCCUAAUAUCAAUGGUAAUGGUAGCAUUUGUUUAGACAUUUUGAAAGAUCAAUGGUCUCCUGCACUCACAAUUUCAAAGGUUCUUCUGUCUGUCUGCUCCCUUCUCACAGAUCCCAAUCCUGACGAUCCACUUGUCCCCGAAUUAGCUCAUAUUUACAAGACAGAUCGUGCACGAUAUGAAGCUACAGCUAGAGACUGGACAAGAAAAUAUGCUAAGGAAGGUGCAUGCAAUUUAAAAAAGAGAUUGGAAGUUGUAUUUGUAUAA